CUAGACCAGAGAGAGUCGUGGCCGAGGUCUCCACUGUCGGAUAUGAGAUGACUAGCUUCUGUCAUUUCCCACUCCGGCGGCGUGAGAUUGGGCGUCGGGGGAGGAUUCACGAGAGCUUCCGAUGGGAGCAUCAAUUUAUAUCCUUCUAUCCUAAUCUCGCACAAUUAUUUGUUUCUCCAUAUGUACAUAACUUUGUUUCAUAAUUGUGAACAAUUUUGUGUUAGAAAAAAAAAAUCAAGCCAUUAAGUUAAUUGAUUGCAUAAAAGACCAAAUAAAUGGAGCACUCCAUUUUGUAAUAGGGAAGUGGUUUUCGGAUCUAACUCUACCUUCCUUUGAAAGACUAUUAUAAUAUUAUUCCUCUGAAUGUUUUUAGGUUUUACUAAUUGUAACCUAACAAUUGUUAGUUAGGAGAAAAAUAAAAGAAAAUCAAAACCAAAACACGGGCGGAGACGAUUUUAUAUUAUUUUUUGAAAACCAUAUAUUUUUGCUAUCUGUAAAUCUUAUUUUUGGUAAAAGGAAUUGGAAAUUGAGAAUUAGAGAGGAAAAAGGCAGAUAUUAAUAAGAAGAAAAAGAAAGCGGAGGACAGGAAAAGAAAAGAAAAGAAAAACAAAGAGAGGAGGUAAGGGGAUACGUAAAUCUAGACGCCAUAAGCUAAACCUCUCCUCUUUCAUUCCAAAACGAAUACGAAAAGAAUUUUAUUAUAAGUAUCAAACAAACAUAAAUAUCUCCUUUUAAGUUUCCUUUCUUUCCUCUUUGCUCACUCGCUCCUUUCUCUCCCGCACCAAAACCGAUAGUUUUGGGUUCUCUUCAUAUGUCCGAUCCUCCCUAAACAGCUAGGGUUUCGCGUUUCUGGAUUCUCGAUCGAAUUUUACCAGCUCAGGUUUUUCCUCCCCGCCCUUCCCUUCUCCUCCUCUCUCGCCUACUCAUUCUCUCUCUGUAAUCUCUCCCCCUUCUCUCUCGCUCUCUCUCUCUCUCUCUCUCUCUAAAUCUUCUAUUCUUCCGCUUCGCAUCGUUUUCUUCUUCUCCUCUCCUAUCUGUCGCCAUUUUUUCUGCCUUUUUUCCCCCUUCCCGCAUUUGGUAUGCUUUGAAUGACUGGCUGCUGCGGCGAGAAGAAUGCGGAGGGUUCGAUUCGGAUAUCCUCUUUUGCUGGCUGUACCCUCGCGAUGCCAUCGCGUGUGUUUAUAUUGUUGUUGUUCUAUUGGAUUAGUGCUCUCGAUUCUUUUGAUUGUUCUCUUCCUUUUUGUUUGUGGGUCGCGAGCAAUGGCGCUUCAUUUUUCCCGAUUUCCCUCUUAUUCGGUUAUUUGUUCUGUGUGAGAUUUUGUUGCUCUUUGUUUCUCGCUGCUGGAUUGCUUCGUCCAGAAAGCGUGUGCGUGAUUUUGCUUGACCGCGUCGUGUUUAUAGCUCGGUUUCUGCAGGCGUCCCAGGUCUGAGUUAUCCUAGUUCAAGGUUUUCCUGCAUCUUUUUUGCUUUUUUUUUUACCCUCCUGAUUGUUAUAUGAAGCUUACGAUUGAAUGGGAUUCCGUAGCUGCAAUGCCUUCCUGAUCGUUGAUGUUGUUGUGGUGGCCAUUAAACUUGUGGGCUUCUUUUUCUACUUUGAUGAUAUUGUUCUCUGAUUGAAGUUUCCUUUUCGAUUCAUGUUUGGAAUAGGUUGCUCGCGCUGUGAUUAUCAAGGAUUGGUUCUGCAGUAAUACAUAGAGGGGAAGACUGAGGAAUUUUUGAUUCUGGGAGAGGCUUGGAUUUUUGUUUUCUUUCUUCAGUUGUUAGGGUUAGGUUUGCUCAAUUUGAUAUUCGUAAGCAAUUAUGACAAACAGAUGGGCUGAUUCUGUUGGUAGCUCUGUAUCUGACAACAAUUCUGGCCCACGUACUGGUCGUGCUGCCUAUGUUCCACCGCACCUUCGCAACAGGCCACCGUCAGCUGAUCCUGCAGCUCAGCCUUCUGCUGCACCAGCACCAGCUAAUGACCGUGUAGGUUAUGGUGGACCACCCCGCUGGGCUGGGGGUGCUAGACCAGAUCCGGGUAGAGGAGGAUCAGGGUAUGGCGGCAGAAAUGCAGGUGGUUGGAAUAGUAACACGGGUGGUUGGGAACGCGGCAGAGACCGUGAGGUGAAUCCAUUUGGUGAAGAAGAAGAAGAAGAUGCAGAGUGUGCAUCCAGUGGACAAGAGACAACAGGAAUUAACUUUGAUGCAUAUGAAGAUAUACCUGUGGAGGCAAGUGGAGAUAAUGUACCUCCUCCUGUAAAUACCUUUGCAGAGAUAGACUUGGGUGAGGCUGUAAAUGCAAACAUAAGAAAAUGCAAGUAUGUGAGGCCAACACCAGUUCAGCGUCAUGCAAUCCCCAUAUUGCUUGCUGGGCGUGACUUGAUGGCCUGUGCUCAGACUGGUUCAGGAAAGACUGCUGCCUUUUGCUUCCCAGUCAUCAAUGGGAUAAUGCGUGACAAUUUUCCACAGAGACCACGUGCUCCUAGAACUGCUUUCCCGCUGGCUCUUAUCCUCUCACCUACAAGAGAACUCUCUUCUCAGAUACAUGAUGAAGCCAGGAAGUUUGCUUAUCAAACUGGUGUCAGAGUUGUUGUUGCUUAUGGUGGGGCGCCGAUUUCGCAACAGUUGAGAGAACUUGAAAGAGGAGUUGAUAUUCUUGUAGCAACUCCUGGAAGAUUGGUAGACUUGCUUGAGAGGGCUAGGGUGUCCUUGCAAAUGAUCAAAUACUUGGCACUUGAUGAAGCUGAUAGGAUGUUGGAUAUGGGUUUUGAGCCUCAGAUCAGAAAGAUCGUGGAACAAGUGGACAUGCCCCCAUCUGGGAGGAGACAGACAAUGCUUUUCAGUGCCACUUUUCCUAAAGAAAUACAGAGACUUGCAUCAGACUUUCUGGCAAAUUACAUAUUCCUGGCUGUUGGAAGGGUUGGGUCUAGUACUGAUUUGAUUCUUCAAAGAGUUGAGUAUGUUCAAGAUGCUGACAAGAGAAGCCAUCUUAUGGAUCUUCUUCAUGCGCAGAAACAAAGUGAAGCUAAUGGCAAGCAAUCCUUGACAUUAGUGUUUGUGGAAACUAAGAAGGGAGCUGAUUCCUUGGAGUACUGGUUGUGCCAGAAUGGCUUCCCUGCUACAACAAUUCAUGGUGAUAGAACUCAGCAGGAAAGAGAACUUGCACUGAGGUCAUUCAAGAGUGGAAGGACGCCGAUCCUAGUGGCAACCGAUGUGGCAGCUCGUGGCCUCGACAUACCACACGUGGCUCAUGUUGUCAACUUUGACCUCCCCAACGACAUCGAUGAUUACGUCCACAGAAUAGGCCGUACCGGAAGAGCUGGGAAAUCUGGCCUGGCUACGGCUUUCUUCAACGACCACAACAUCUCGUUGGCGAGAUCCCUGGUCGAGUUGAUGCAAGAAGCCAACCAAGAAGUUCCCAACUGGCUCGUCAGAUACGCUUCGCGAGUCUCUUACGGCGGAGGCAAGAACCGACGAGGUGGAGGAGGGCGGUUUGGAUCUAGGGAUAUCAGGAGGGAAGGAGGGUCCUUCAGCAGGGGUGGUGGUGGUGGAGAUUAUUACGGUGGAGGGAACAGUGGUGGUUAUGGUGGUAUGUCUGGAGGUUACGGCGGCGGCGGAAUGGGUCCUGGUGUCACCAGUGCUUGGGAUUAACCGAUGAUGAAGAAGAAUAUCCUUGAGGUGGCCGUGAUUGUUGUUUGAGGAAGUACAUGGGACCUUACAUGUCCUCGAGCUUGGCGUUUCUCAAGUAUGAAGAAGAAAUUCUGGGUCUCUUUUGUAGUAGUGGCCUUUAUUAGGGUUCUCUAACAAUGGACGAGUUGUGUAUUUUUGAAGUGUUUGUUAUUUUUUGGGAGAUGAACAGAGUGGGUUUCCAUUAUAGUCUUAUGAUGAUAUUCCCCCCGACUGGAACUGAAUUUGUGCCUGUUAGUUUGGUGUAGUGUUGAACCAAACUACUAUAUGGAACGGAAAUUGUUAGCCCACUUCACCAAAGAUAUUCUCUCACACAAAUUUUUUUUUUUUUGGGAGAGUUUCAUUACAAUUUUGACCGUGGGAUGGAUGUACACCCUUCCAUGUAUCUUUUUGUUAUCACCAUAAUCUCCCAUGUAUAUAUGUUCUGCAUUUUAUUUGUCGUUCCUUAACUCCUCUUUUUAUGUGCUCUACAAUGUUAGUGGAGCAUAACGAUUAAUAUGUUCUGGUUGUUUUUUCUAUAAGUUUAUGUUUUUUUAUGUGCAACUAAAUGUUAGCACGACAUAACGAUUUGGUUUGAUGCCUCGAGUAAUCGGAAUAUUUAGGGAUUAAAUUUCCUUUGAAGUUAUUGAUGAGCCUUGAAGCGAAUUUCAGUGGGUGGAUCGAUUGAAGUGGGGAUGUUCGGGUUUUCAUCAUCACUGUCGAAAAUCCAAUAAUGAAUUGGUGCAUUAUAAUUUAUAAACAUAAAUAUUAUAAUUUUAUAAACAGAACCAUUAAUAAUAUUACAAUUGUAUAGUAAAUUAGUAAUUCUAAUAUAUUGGUAACAAGUAAUUAUAUAUGACAAGUAUAAGCCAUUAUUUUACAGAAACUGAAGCUACUUAAAGAUAAUAGAAGUGAUUUUCAAAAGUAAGAAUACCAUUUAAAGAAAUUAAUUCACAGCUA